AUAGAGCAAACAUUCAAUCGAACAAAGUGGAAAAGCAGAUAAACAAUAGUGUUUCAUGGUGAAAUUCAAUUAAAUAUUAAAAUUGAAUUAAACUCUGGUGAACUUUAGAGUGUGCAGAAAAUCGGACACAGCUCAGUAAUCAAUUGAUACGGAAGCAAUUUAUGCUACUAGAAUGGUGAUAGUGCAAUCAAACAUCAUCACAUCCAACACAUCCGGCCGGAUCGGUCUCGAGUGGGACAUCAACGAUCCGAACGUACCGUUAGUAAACGAAGCAGAUCUCGAUGAGUUCGACGAAUGGAGUGAUGGCCACUGUCGCCACAUCUACCGUGCAAUGGAAGAAAUGGCCAAACGACAUUCCUCCGGUUGGGCCAUGAGAAAUACCAAUAACCACAAUGUUAGCAUUCUGAAGAAGAGCUGCUUGGGCGUGCUGGUAUGCUCGGUGAGAUGUGUCCUGCCCAGUGGGGACAAAAUUCAUUUGCGGCCUGCCAUAUGCGAUAAGGCCCGACGAAAACAACAGGGAAAAACAUGUCCCAAUCGUCUUUGCGUGGGAGGAGUGCUGGAGAUUCAACCGUGCAGAGGACACUGUGGCUAUCCGGUAACUCAUUUCUGGCGUCAUACACCGAAUGCCAUCUUCUUCCAAGCCAAAGGAGUUCACGAUCAUGCACGUCCGGAGUCGAAAUCAUCAGGCGAGACCCGAAAGAUUUUGGGCAUUGGCCGACGGGAACGCGUUCUCAAAGCCAUUCAAUCGAAAGUUACAAAGAUCACAAGUGCAAAGCAAACCAAAAAAGUCACCAAACAAAUGUUGGACACUGGAAAGGCUCUAUCGUCCAACAGUAACUUGAACCGACUGCAUUCCGAAUCCAGCUACAACUUAACCUUCCCGACCGGUUACAAAUCGAGCAACCAAUGCAAUUACGUUACCACUCCGACCAACCCAUCGACGCAUGCUCAUCAACCAACCGCAGAUUACAACCAAACCUACUACUACGAUAAUGCUAGUUUCAUCCAUCCGGAGGAAAUUUUCCAGCUAGACCAACCCAUUCGACCAAUCAACAAGUACCCGAGCAGCUCAACCACAAGUCUUCACACCCUGGGCAGCUCUCCGCCCACCGUUCUAGACAUGGAGAGUGGCAAUAUCUACAAGAACACCCCAAACAACGCUAGCUACGGUGUUCGUUACUUUGACUGCAUUAAAUACGAAACUAGCAGCAACGAUACGGAUACUGCCAGUCUAACUAGCGGCUCCAGUGUGUUUGAUGACUUCUCGUACUACUCCAGCCCCCAAAUUGAUUAUCACAGCGUAAACACAGUGACUAGCAACAAUAAUAACAACAAUAACAAUUGCAACCUACCCGACAUGAACAAGAUGAACCUGCGUCUGUGUGACGAUAUCAAUUCGUUUUUUAUUGGCCAAUCGAGUUGCGUGACGCAGAAUAAGCAACUCACUGAAGGCGUUGUCGGCGGCUCAGCCGAGAACAAUCAGCUCGAGAGCUAUUGCUACGAAAAUUACAGCAAUUCCGCCUCACCGAAUGCAGCGAUAACGCAGCUACCGUACGGUGGAUACGGCGAAGGUUCCAGCGGAGAUGCCCUCGUUCCGAAUGGCACGGUAGAGCAGACGGCACUCGGCGUUGAUGGAUGGUGGAAUAGCAGUAGUAGCGGUAAUUACGCAGCGUCGCAACCCGGCUGGAGUCAGAUCGAUACCAUCGCUAAUGGUAGUCAACAGCACGGGCAGCAGCAGUACUAUCUGAUGGAACAAACUGACUAUUUGAGUUAAAUUGGAGGUGGAGAAUAUAUAAUGUGGGGGUGAUUAAGACUUGACAAAUUGUUGUUGAAUUAAGCCAAGGAAUUAAAGAGGACUCUCUUAAUCUGUUGAGAUGUUGAGUUUGUUGCCGGCGUGGGGUGAGAGUGAGUGGAUCGAGCGCUCAUUUACAGCAAAUUAAACCAUUGAACCUUAUUGUCGAACUCAUUAAGUUUCAGCGAGGAUUAAUCAAAUGUACCAGUGUAGCAAGACCUACUUUUUAUUUUACAACUAUAUUAAGAUAUUAUUUUUCUCUCGACUCAGUACUGAUCGUAAUUGUCCUUAACCGGACCAGUGAGAAUGUUUUCAAAUGUAUGUAAUUAGAGGUUGCGAUACACGUGUUUUG